UGACGUCAUAUAGAGGGCAAGUUUCAGUAGCGCAUCGUCUACUACCAUAUAAAGUCGACCCUACUCGGUCUUUCUCCCAUGUCGGAAAGAUGGGAGUGUUCUUCUCUAUUUUAGCUCUUUUUUUCUUCUAUUUCCUCUUCUCAAUUUCCAAGCGCCUACUCGCAACACCAAAGAAGCUUCCACCAACACCUCCAUCUAUUCCCAUCAUCGGCCAUCUCCAUCUCAUUAAAAAACCCCUCCAUCGAUCUCUAACCGCCCUCUCCAACCGCUACGGCCCCAUCCUCUCCCUUCGUUUCGGCUCCCGCCCCGUCCUCCUCAUCUCCUCCCCUUCCUCGGCCGAUGACUGCCUCUCCAAGAACGACAUCAUCUUCGCCAACCGUCCCCGCCUUCUCAUCGGUAAUCGAAUGGCCUUUAACUGCUCCAACAUUGUGUGGGCCUCCUACGGCCCCCACUGGCGCAACCUCCGCCGCAUUGCCACCGUCGAGAUCCUCUCGUCGAACCGCAUCCAGAUGUUCUCUGCCGUCCGAAUCCAGGAGAUCCGGUCCCUGGUGAAAGAUCUGUUCCGGGAUUCGGAAUUGGGGAAAUCGGUGGUGGAAUUGAAAUCGAAGUUUUCGGAGCUCACCUUCAAUGUAAUGAUGCGGAUGAUCGCUGGGAAGCGGUAUUACGGAGAGAAUGUGGUGGAUUUGGAGGAGGGAAGGCGGUUUCGGGAGAUUGUCAAGGAGAUUCUGGCAGUGGCCGGAGCGUCGAAUUUUGGGGAUUUCUUGCCGUUUUUGGGGUGGAUGGAUUUGGGAGGGGUGGAGAAGAGGAUGGUGAAAUUGGCGAGGGAGAGGGAUGAGUUCUUGCUGGCUCUUAUCGAUGAGCAUCGAAGGAGGAGGAACAAGGACGGUUUUUCUUGCGAAGAAGGAGAGGAGAAGAAGAUGAAGAAGACGUUGAUCGAUGUUCUGCUGUCGCUGCAAGAAACAGAGCCCCAGUACUACACCGAUCACAUCCUCCUAGGGAUGAUUGCGGCACUACUAGCUGCCGGAACGGAUACGUCAGCUCUGACCACAGAAUGGGCCAUGUCGCUUCUACUGAACAAUCCAGAUGUGCUGGAGAAAGCUAAAGCUGAGCUUGACAUACAUGUGGGACCUCGUUUGUUAGAUGAAUCAGAUCUCUCCAAGCUUCCAUACCUCCAUUGCAUCGUCAACGAGACUCUCCGCUUGUAUCCGGUGGCCCCACUUCUAGUGCCUCAUGAGUCAUCUGAAGAGUCCAUCAUUGGAGGUUUCAACGUGCCACGUGGCACUAUGCUGUUGGUCAAUGUGUGGGCUAUUCAUAGAGAUCCUAAGCUAUGGGUGGACCCCCUUGAUUUCAAGCCAGAGCGGUUUCAAGGCUCAGAAGGAGUGAAGGAAGGCUUGAAGUUCAUCCCAUUUGGACAUGGAAGGCGGGUGUGUCCAGGUGCGGGCCUGGCUGUGCGGAUGGUGAGCCUGGCAUUGGGUACCUUGAUCCAAUGCUUUGAGUGGGAACGAAUAGGGGAGGAGAAGGUGGACAUGACUGAAGGGCCUGGGCUCACCAUGCCUAAGUCUCAGCCUUUAAAGGCAGUCUACAAACCACACCACACCAUGCUCAACAUACUUUCUCAGCUCUGAAUAACAUAAACGGCUUUGGUUCCAUUUGGCACAGAUCAUAUCAUAGUUUGGAUAGUAUUUGAAAACUAAAGUUGUAAAGAUGAUUUAAUCCUCGCAUAGUUUGGAUAGUAUAUGAAGAUUACAGUUGUAAUGAUAAUUGAAUUC